ACGCUGUGAAGUGAAUGUUGUUUGGUGACUGGUUCGUCUGUGGCUGACUGUGAUAUCACUUUGCACAGGUAACCUUAGGCAGGUAAGGUUUCUGUGGUGCGGAUGAGGCGGGGUUAUAUAUUCCGGGGUGUCACCUGAACCCUGAUUCUCUCGAACACAAUAUUUAUCUCAAACUACCUCAUCUGCAAGAAGCGAUGUUUCGCUUCCUAGCAAACGUUCUUGUGUUGGCGACGGCUGUUAUUGCUGUGGUCCAUGAUAUCGAUGUUGGCAAGGGGGCGAGUUUGUCGUUUGCGCCGGAUACACUCACUGCUGCUGUCGGUGACACUCUGAACUUCCACUUCUACAGUGGAUCGGGAGGUCAUAGUGUUGUGUCUGGACCAUUUUCGAGCCCGUGUGAACCAGCUACUGAUGCUUUCUUCUCGGGUUAUAUCAAGGGAGAUCUCGUUGGAGAUAUGACGUUCAUCGUCACUAUAAAUUCAACAGACCCAAUCUGGUUCUAUUGUUCUCUCGAAGCUCAUUGUAUGGAUGGUAUGGUUGGAGUCGUAAAUCCACCAUCUGGACAGACUGUCUCGGACUACGUCGAGAAUGCUUCGGGAAAACAAGCUUCUGCACCAGCAGCUUUGCAAGGCGGUGUUCUUACAACAAUGACUUCUGGAUCUGGAUCUGCAUCUACCUCUACCUCUUCAUCUACAUCUGGGAGCGGAAGCGUGACUUCGAUGCCGGUCUCGAGUUUAAGUUCGUUAUCGGCGUCCGUGCCAGGUCUCAGUGUCGAGACCACGAUGCCGACUUCGACAGGAACUUCAGUAUCAGCUGCGACCACCAGCAAAAGCUCUAGUACUUCUAGUGGCGUUGCGGCAACUUCAACGCCUAGUGGAGGGGGAAAGAACACGGAUCUGUCAGUCAUGCUUGGGGUUGUGAUGGGAGGUCUCGGUGUGGCUGCGUUGAUGGCAUGAGGACAGCUUUGAGAAGAAUACCAAAUGAAGAAAACAAGCUUGGAUUGUAAAAUGUUGUAAUAAACGGUUGGAAUGGUUAUUUCUUACUUCAAUG